CGCUCAGACCAGUGCGAGACUCCGUGCCGUACGGAACAGAACUUAAGCAGAGAAAAAAACAUCAAAGAAUCUUUGAUCGGCCGCUGUAAGAAAGUGAAAACGGCUGUGAAAACAGACCCACAAAAAAAGAAAUAAUUGUGUUGGAGGCAAACAUUGGCCAAUUAAGCAACGUUGUCGUCGGCGCGUGUGUCUGUGUGAAGUGAGGAGAGUGCGGAGAGUGUGGAGUGAAAUACCCAGCAAGAUGUGCGAAUUUGUGAGGGAACAUGGCGAAUAUGUGUGGGUGAAGCCGCAGAAUGCCACCAGCGAGUUUGCGGUGCCCUUUGGUGCCCGCAUUGUGCGCACGGAGAAGACUCAGACUUUGGUCUGCGAUGAUCGGAAAAAGCAGCUGUGGGUGCCAGCGGGAGAUGUGCUGAAGGCCAUGCACAUAACAUCACAGGAGGAUGUGGAGGAUAUGAUUACGCUGGGCGAUCUGCAGGAGUACACAAUCCUGAGGAACUUGGAGAAUCGCUAUGCCAAGCAGUUGAUUUAUACCUACACUGGCUCCAUGCUGGUGGCCAUCAACCCGUAUCAGAUCCUGCCCAUCUACACGAAUCGCGAGAUUCAGCUCUACAGAAACAAAGCUCUGAGUGAGCUGCCGCCCCAUAUUUUUGCCGUCAGUGACAAUGCCUUCCAGCGGCUGCAGCGGCACAAGGAGAACCAGUGCGUGGUCAUCAGCGGCGAGUCGGGUGCGGGCAAGACGGAGAGCACCAAGUUGAUCCUCCAGUACUUGGCCGCCAUCAGUGGCAAACACAGCUGGAUCGAGCAGCAGAUCAUUGAGGCAAAUCCUAUAAUGGAGGCCUUUGGCAAUGCCAAGACCGUGAGGAACGAUAAUUCCUCGCGCUUCGGCAAAUACAUCGAGAUUCGGUUCACGCCCGAGGGCGCCAUACAGGGAGCCCGCAUCCAGCAGUAUCUUCUCGAGAAAUCCCGCAUCGUAUUCCAGAGCAAGGAGGAGCGGAAUUAUCACAUUUUCUACUGCAUGCUGGCGGGACUCACGCCACCGGAGCGACAGCGUCUCAUGCUGCAGGAGCAGUCGCCCAGCCAGUACCAUUACCUCUCCCAGGGCGGCUGCUUCACGCUGCCCGGCAGGGGCGAUGCCAAAGACUUUGCCGACAUUCGGGCGGCCAUGAAGGUGCUCUCGUUCAAACCGGAGGAGAUGUGGAGCAUACUCUGCCUGUUGGCGGCCAUCCUGCAUCUGGGCAAUCUGCGCUUCAAGGCCACCGAAGUGGCCAAUCAGGAGGCGGCCGAGGUGGACGAUGAUGAUAACCUCAAGCGAGUGGCCAAGCUGCUGGGCAUACCCGUUGCCCCCUUGAACUUGGCUCUGACUCAGCGCACAAUAUUCGUCCAUGGCGAGCAUGUGACCACCAGCCUGUCCAAGGAGUCGGCGCUGGAGGGUCGCGAUGCCUUUGUCAAGUCGCUGUACGAUGGCAUCUUCGUGCGCAUUGUGCGGCGCAUCAAUGAGACGAUCAACAAGCAGCCGGAUCGACCGAUGAACAGCAUCGGCGUGUUGGAUAUCUUCGGGUUUGAGAACUUUGACAACAACAGCUUCGAGCAGCUGUGCAUCAACUAUGCCAAUGAGAAUCUACAGCAGUUCUUUGUGGGACACAUUUUCAAGAUGGAACAAGAUGAAUACCAAAACGAGCACAUCAACUGGCAGCACAUUGAAUUCCAGGACAAUCAACAAAUACUCGACCUCAUUGGCAUGAAGCCCAUGAACCUCAUGUCCCUGAUUGAUGAGGAAUCAAAGUUCCCCAAGGGCACGGACAACACGCUGCUCGAGAAACUCCAUGUGCAGCAUGGCAAUCGAUCCAUUUAUGUGAAAGGCAAGACCACACAGACCUCGCUCUUUGGCAUUCGUCACUAUGCAGGUGUCGUCAUGUACAAUCCGUUGGGCUUUCUCGAAAAGAAUCGCGACUCGUUCAGCGGUGAUCUGCGGUCGCUGGUGCAGCGUUCGGCCAACAAGUAUUUGGUGGACAUUUUCCCCCAAGAAAUGCCCAUGGACACGGCCAAGAAACAGCCCACGUUGUGUGUGAAGUUUAGGAACUCGCUUGACAUGCUGAUGAGAACACUGUCACAGGCGCAUCCCUACUUUAUUAGAUGCAUUAAGCCGAAUGAGUAUAAGGAACCAAAGAACUUCGACAAGGAGCUUUGUGUGCGUCAGCUGCGCUACUCGGGCAUGAUGGAGACAGCGCGCAUUCGACGCGCAGGCUAUCCCAUUCGCACCGCCUACCGCGCCUUCGUCGAGCGCUAUCGCUUGCUGGUGCCGCCCACGGGCCCUCUGGAGAAGUGCGACUGCCGGCAGUUGGCUCAGCAAAUCUGUUUGGCCACGCUGCCCGCCGACUCGGAUCGGCAGUUCGGCAAGACGAAGAUCUUCCUGCGGGAUGAGGAUGAUGCCAGUUUGGAGCAGCAACGCUCGCAGCUGAUGCUCAAGUCAAUUGUGACCAUACAGCGUGGCAUUAGGCGCGUGCUCUUCCGGCGUUAUAUGCAGCGAUAUCGCCAGGCCAUCGUCACCGUGCAGCGGCACUGGCGGGGUCGCCUUCAGCGUCGUAAGUACCAGAUCAUGCGGCAGGGCUUCCAUCGGUUGGGCGCCUGCAUUGCUGCCCAGCAACUGACCACAAAAUUCACGAUGGUAAGAUGCCGCACCAUCAAGCUGCAGGCCCUGUCACGUGGCUAUCUCGCACGCAAGGAGUUCCAGGGGAAACUGGCGGCACGAAGGGAGCAGAAGAAGGAGGAGCAGCAGAAGCUGGUGCGCCUGAAGGAGGAGCAAGAGCUGCAGCGCGUCAAGCAACAGGCGCAGAAGCAGCUGCAAGUACAGGAAGCGCAGCGUCUCAAGGCCGAGGAGGAGCAGCUGCAAGCCAAGGAGCAGCAGCGUCUCAAGGAAGAACAGGAGCAACGUCUCAAGGCGGAGACUGCCGCACGCAAUGCCCUGGCCAUGGCCGCUCUGCAACAGCCCAAGCGCACAAAGUCCCUCAAGCAGGAGGCACCCAAGGCGCCCACGCUGCAGGCACGCAUGUCCCUACCCCCACCACCCACCACGCUGACUGUCGCUGCCCCUCUGCCCACGCGUCUCGCCAGUCAGACUACAGCCAAAACGAAUGGCAUUGUGCCCAUACUGGAGAGCCCGCAGGGCUACAACGAUGUGGAGUCCUCCAAGCAGAUGGUGGACGAUGUCUUUGGCUUCCUCAACGAUGAGCCCGAUGCUGCACGCAGGCGCCUCCAGGCCCUAGCCUCUGGGGACACCAUUCGCCUGCCCAAGCCGCUGUCCAGGCACAUAGACACCUCGGAUUUCAGUUAUUUGAAAUAUGCUGCCACAUACUUUGGCGGUGGCGCCACAGCGCAGCAUGAGCGCAAACCGCUGAAGCAAUCGCUGCUGAAGCAUGAACUGCCGCUGGAUGAAAUGGCAGCAAAGGCCAUUUGGAUAACAAUUCUACGCUUCAUGGGCGAUCUGCCAGAGUUGGAUCCUUCCUCGCCGCUGCCCCUCUCAGAGGAAGCCAGCAUCAUGUGUGACUUGACGCGACUCUUGAGCAACUUUGGCGCCUCCAAGCCGCGACUCUUUGUGCGGCAAACGCUGAAGCGGCCCUCGAAGCUGCAAGGCAGCAGCCAGCGUGAGGCGGAGCUGUUCUAUCAGCAGUGGCUCAAUGCUCCCAGCAGUCAUCUCGAUAAGCUGCAGUUUAUUGUAGGACAUGGCAUACUCAAGGAUAAUUUGAGAGACGAAAUCCUCGCACAAAUCUGCAAGCAGCUUUACCUCAAUCCCAGUCGCACUUCCUACGCUCGCGGCUGGCUGCUGCUCAGCCUCUGCCUGAGCUGCUUUCCACCCAGCACGGACUUUGAGCCGCAUCUGCGCAGCUUCAUGAAGCAGGGCACUGCGCAGCUGCAGGCUGCUCCUUCGCUGCAGCGUCUGGAGCGAACCCUCGUGAAUGGUCCACGCAGUCAGCCUCCAUCGCUGCUGGAGCUGCAGGCCAUCCGCUCACGACAGCCGCUGAAGCUGGACAUACACCUGAUGGAUGGACAGACGCGCAGACUGCAGGUGGAUGCCGCCAGCACGGCCCGAGAGGCAGUGCAGCAGCUGUGCCAGGGCCUGGGACUCAGCGACACCUUUGGCUUUGGCUUGCUGAUGUCGCUGCAUGGGAGACUCCUGCCACUGGGCGCUGGGCAGGAGCAUGUCCUGGAUGCCAUUUCGUUGUGUGAACAGCGGCAGCUGGAUGCUCCAUGGAAGCUCUAUCUGCGCAAGGAAAUGUUUGCCACGUGGCAUGAUCCAGCAGUGGAUCCCAAGGCCACGCAGCUGAUCUACAAACAAAUCCUGAAUGGCUUGAGAUGUGGGGAAUAUCGCUGUCGCUCCGAGAAGGACAUUGCCAUGGUUUGCGCUUUGGCUUGCUUCAUCGAGCACGGUCCCGGCGCCAUUGGCCGCCUGCAGACCUCAGAGAUCACAGCCUUUGUGCCGAGUGAUUUGCUGGCUCCCGGGGAGCGCGCGGUGGACAAUUGGAGUCGCCUCAUUGCAGCCACUUAUGAGCGGAGUUCGUACGUGCGGCAGGAGCAGCAGCAGCCAGAGCAACUGGCAGCCAAUCAACAGCGCGCCAAGGAGGACAUUUGUCUCUUCGCUCACUUGUCCUGGCCCAUGCGGCACUCGCGACUGUUCGAGGUGCACCGCAAGGAGGGACCCAAGCUGCAGAGCGAUGAGCUGAUGCUGGCCAUCAAUGCCACGGGUCUGUUCCUCAUCGAUGAAACCGAACAGGUGCUGGCCUCCUGCAGCUUUGCGGAGCUGCUGAAGGUCCAGGCCGAGCCCAAUGAGGAGCUGCACCUGCGCACCGUGCAGCAAGUGAACUUUGUGCUGCAGUGCAGCGCCUCCGAGGAUGCCAGCGAACUCAUCAAUUACAUGCUGGAUAAUCUGCGACAGCGUUCGAGCUACGGUGUGGCCUUGGAUGACUCCCAGCAGCUGGAGGAUGAAGAUUUCCUCAAGCUCUCCCCAGGCGAUCUCGUACAGUUCGAUGCGGGAGUCACGGGCGCUCAUCUCUUAUCCGGCAGCGCACAGCAAUGCUAUCGCGGCUGUGUCAAAGGCCAAUGGGGUCAAUUUGCUGCUGGCAAUGUGCGUGUCUUGGCGACACUCACCAAACCCAGCGACAAGCUGCAGGAGAUCUAUCGCGAGGGCAGGUUUGAGGAGGAGCCACCGAAGGUCAUUCCACGAAAAACAAUUUUAAGGCGCCGACAGCACAACAUUUCUCAGCUGGCUGAGAUGCAGUUUAGGGACCGCUUAGACACUGAAACGACGCCACUCUCGCAGCAUUCAGCGGAGCCACUCAAGGCGCCGCUGCUCAAGGCUCUGUCCAACAAGCCGCAGCUGUUCCAACAAGCUUUGGUCAUCUAUCAUCACAUACUAAAGUACAUGGGCGACAUUGCCCGCAGCAAUUUGCCCGUCAACACGGACUUGAUCUUCCAGCCUGCGCUGCUGCAUCCUUUGCUCUGCGAUGAACUCUACUGCCAGCUGAUGAAGCAGCUCAGCGAUAAUCCCUCUGCAGAGGGUGAAAAACGUGGCUGGGAUUUGCUCUAUCUGGCCACGGGGCUGAUGGCUCCCAGUGUCUUGAUCAUGAGGGAGCUGCUCAUCCUCCUGCGCAUGCGCGCGGACUCCUUGGCCGAUGCCUGCCUCAAGCGGUUGAAACGCUCCGUGCAGCAGGGGCAGCGCAAGCAGGCGCCACAUUUGAUUGAAGUGGAGGGCAUACAGCAGCGUUGCAUGCACAUUUAUCACAAGAUUUACUUCCCCGAUGACACCGUGGAGGCCUUUGAGAUUGAGUCGCACACGCGCGGCGCGGAGCUCAUAGCGGAAAUUUCCCAGCGACUCCAGCUGAAGUCUCCCUUGGGCUACAGCAUUUUCCUCAAGAUGGGCGACAAAGUGUACGCCAUGCCCGAGGAUGAUUUUGUGUUCGAUUUCAUCAGUCAACUCCUCUACUGGUUGCGGCAACAGAAGACCAUAAGAUCCAGCUGCGAUGGCCACUAUCAGCUCCACUUUAUGCGCAAACUCUGGCUGAACAAUCAGCCAGGGGAGGACCUCCAGGGGGACCUUAUCUUCAGCUAUCCACAGGAGCUGCACAAAUAUCUCAAGGGCUAUUAUCCCAUAGACUGCGAGCAGGCCUCACACCUAGCGGGACUCGUGUACAGUGCGGAUCAGGAGGUUAGUUUGCAGCGACUGGCGGAGGUGCUGCCCAGACUGGUGCCGGAGGAUUUGAUUCCGCUGCUGCCGCUCUCGGACUGGAGACAGCGGAUUCUGCCGCGACUGCACCACGAGCAGCAGCUGACCGAGGACCAAGCGAAGUUCCUCUUUCUGCAAUCGCUCGCCGAGCAGCCCUGCUUCGGCUCCACUUUCUUUGUGGUCAAGCAGCAGAAUGAUGACAGCCUGCCCGAGUGCCUGCUGGUUGCCAUCAAUGCCGCGGGCUUCCAUUUGCUGGAUGCCCAAACCAAGCAACUGCUACGCAGCUUUGAGUACUCCCAGCUGGGCAUGUGGAGCUCGGGCAAGAAUCACUUUCACAUACGUUUUGGCAACAUGAUUGGCGCCUCAAAGCUGCUGUGCUGCACCACACAAGGCUACAAAAUGGACGAUCUGUUGGCUUCCUACGUGAGGUACUUUAAUGAGCAAAAAUAAAGUUCU